CUGGGCGGCGACGUUGGAGGAGGAAGACGACGCAGAGGUGGACGAGGUGCCGCUGCUGAAAUCUACCAGCGGCAUGAAGCGCCGGGCGCCGCCGGGCGAGGCGUCUCGUGCAACCUACUCCAAGGCUGAGGGCUCCAAGGCUUUCGCAUCAAUUGUCGCAUGCCGCGCCGGCGUUGCCACCGUCGACAAGCUGUUGCGGGCGGGUGAUUUCUCCGGCGCGACGACGCUGCUCGCGCAGCCUCCCUUCUCCUCCUUCAAGCAGUCUGCCCUCGUGCUCGUCAACUCCAAGGUGCUCUCGAUGGAAGAUAUCAAGGCAAUCGGCACAGAGAAGCGGUUUGGUGUUGGAGCGGACGUCAUCAUCAUGCUCGGAGGGCUGGCCGACGCGACGGAGCGGUCCGACCGUGGUGCUGGACUCGACUACGCCAGCAAGGCGGCAGCCUCCCUCGACGAGAUCAUCGCGAUCGGGCGGAGCAACGGCCUGUGACCAGCGUGUCGGACACAGUGGACAGUGCACAGCGUGUGACCUUGGAAGCCGCGCCCGCGCCCUUUCGCCGGUGUGUGCUGUGUCGCUGCCACCCGUGCCAGUGCCACGUCUCAGCUCUUACCGCACGCUGGGCAUUAUUCUAGCCUUGUCGUCGUCCGCUUUUAGAACCU